AUGGGGCUUGGUAAAACCCUACAAGCAUUAGCAAUUAUGGCAUCUGAUUUUGUGGAGCGAAGAACUUCAAAUAACAAUGAGGACCCUCCAUCUUUAAUCAUUUGCCCAUCUACCCUUGUUGGACACUGGAUGUUUUGGAACUAUUGUGUUUUGGAUGAAGGGCAUAUAAUUAAGAAUGCAAAAUCGAAAAUCACAUGUGUUGUCAAACAGCUCAAGGCACAACACAGGCUUAUAUUAAUUGGAACACCAAUUCAGAAUAAUGUGUUGGAGUUGUGGUCUUUUUUUGACUUUUUGAUGCCCGGAUUUCUUGGAACAGAGAGACAGUUUCAAGCAACUUAUGGGAAACCACUAGCUGCAACUCGUGAUUCUAAAUGUUCAGCCAAGGAUGCUGAAGCAGGUGUACAUGCCAUGGAAGCAUUGCACAAACAGCUUACUGAAUACAUUAAAGAGCAACUUCGUCUAAGAAAUCUACAUGUUUCUUCAUUAUACACUGUUCACUCAUUGAAAGAGAAUCUUUGCUAUGUUGCUUUUGACUAUGAGAGUGAAUUAAAGAAGGAUAAUACAAAAGCAUCCUACAAAGUUGCUUCUGAGGGAUUCUUUACUCUCGAGAAAGAACGUUUCCAAACAGGAGAGAUUCUCUUCCAGCCACAUAUUGCAGGAUUAAUAAAUACAAUGGGUCUACAUCAGGUAGUGGCAGAUUGCAUUGAGCGUUGCCAUGCUGCCAAAAUGAGAACCGAUCAUACUUGGUUCAGGACAGUUGUGUUGGCUGGAGGCACUGCAUGUUUACCAGGGUUACCAGAAAGAUUAGAAAAGGAAGUACAUGAUCUUCUACCUCCCUCCAUAUCCAAUGGAAUUCGUGUUAUCACUUCGCCUUAUGGUGCAGAUUCUGCAUGGUAUGGAGCAAAACUUCUCAGCAAUUUGAGCACAUUUCCAAAUUCAUGGUGCAUCACUGAGGAGACUCAGUCAAAGUCAAAAAGAUCCCUCAUAUGUGAUGUACAAAGCUUACCUCAGCAACUGUCCAUCAACUGGUACCCCACAUGGGAAAAAGAAAAAGAAAGUAACAACAGUGGGAUAGUCACUCCAAGAAAAAGGCUUUCAAUCAUUGUGCAUCUUUUGAGUACUUUAGGGGAGAGUGGAAGCUUAGCUUCAUUACAGAAAGAUCUUGGUCAAUUUUCAGCAAUAUAUGAAUCCUGUUUUCCAGUUGUUACAAAAGAGUGGGAAAAGUUAGAGAUAGUUGGGGUUGGAGUUGCUACAUAUGAGAGUGGCCUGUUGUUGUUCGUGUUGACUACAUUCCUUCUCGUGUUGACUUACCUGCUUUAG